CCCCGGAAAUACGUCAUCGUGGUGAAGCGGAAAAACAGAUCCAGCCCAUGAGGGUUAGAAAUAUCUGCUAGAAUCCAGCUUUUCUUUCUCCUGCGGCUUUUAAAUUUGCGGCUUUCUGUGGGAAGACAUGGAGGGCACUGACGUAAUCAAACUUCCACUGACCGUGGAUAAAAAGUCUCUUAACAAGAGGAGCAGAUCUCCGACGUUGGACCCGGAGGGAGAGGAGCAACUGCGGCGGCAGAACGUGAAGAAGCUGGCGGUUCUGGGAGAGGAGGACGGCUCGGUGAAGCAGCUGGAGACGCUGGUGUUCGGGACGGAGGACGACCUGCUGGACAAGCUGCUGGAGGAGGAGGAUGAGGAGCAGACCAGCUGUUUGCUGCUGGACAACGAAGUGGGGGGGGAUGAAGACUCUGAGGGGGACGAAGAGCCGCGUCAGCAGCUGGAGUCCAGGAAAGCCGCCUGGGUGGACGAAGACGACGAGCUGGAGGAAGAGGUGGACAUGAGGCACCGUUUCCGUAGAAACCUGAUGAAAGGAGAAGCAGAGACCAUCAUGUCCAAACAGAAGCUGCAGCAGAGGAUGAAGGAGCAGUUCCAGAAGUCGAUGGGCGGGACUCCAUCCUGGGCUCAGAGCAGCCGACAGAAACUCAAGAAGAAGAAGAAAGGUGAGUCCAGCAGACGCUCCUAUGACGGAGGCAAACAGACGGAAAGGAGCCGCUUCCCGCUCACACACCCGUGUUCUGCUGAUCUGAACGGUUCUGAUCAGAACCUGAUCAGAACCGAGGAGGAGGAGGACGACGACAUGCUGCGGAGGACGGGAAACUUUGUGGCGUCCUCAGAAAGUCUCCCCAGCGGCAUCCUGAGGAUGAAGAAGUGUCUCCACGCCAACAGCGCCCGUCCCUCAGAGGACAAACUGACCACGGUGCAGUUCCACCCCUCGGCUCAGGUCGUCAUGACGGCGGGAAUGGACCGCUCCAUCUCCCUCUUCCAGGUGGACGGUAAGACCAACCCCAAGAUCCAGAGCAUCCAUCUGGAGCGGUUCCCCGUCCACAAGGCGCGCUUCAGCCUGGACGGCGAGACGGUGAUCGCCACCAGCCUGAGGAACAAGAUGUUCUACCUGUACGACAUGAUGGAGGGCCGGGUGGUGCCGGUCCACAGCGUCAGGGGGCUGAAUGAAGCCAGAGUCAAGGAGUUUUCCGUGUGUCCUGAGGGGGGCGCCCUGCUGCUGACCGGCACCAACGGAUAUCUGCACCUGCUCACGCUGAAGACCAAUGAGGUCGUCCGCAGCAUGAAGAUCAACGGUGAUGUCAGCGGCGCCGCCUUCUCUCACGACGGCAGCAAAGUCUUCGUAAACUCAGAGGACGGCGAGGUGUACGUGUGGGACGCGCGCAGCAGCCGCUGCAUCAACAGGUUCACGGACGACGGCUGCGUGAAGGGGACGUCCAUCGCCGCGUCGCCCGACGGCCGCUACCUGGCCUGCGGCUCUGAGGCGGGCGUGGUCAACAUCUACUCCCAGGAGGCGUGUCUGAGCUCGUCCAAUCCAGCGCCGCUCAGGGCGGUGAUGAACCUGCUGACCUCGGCCACCGCGCUGACCUUCAACCCCACUUCCGAGAUCCUGGCCAUCGCCUCGCGGGCCGAAGACGAGGCCGUGCGACUGGUCCACCUGCCCAGCCUCAGCGUCUUCUCCAACUUCCCCGUCGCCAAGAGGAAGAUCGUCUAUCGAGCCAGCUGCCUGGACUUCUCUCCUCACAGCGGCUUCUUCUCAUUGGCCAACAACAAAGGCCACGCCCCCCUGUUCAGGUUGCUGCAUUACAAAGACUUCUGAGGGCCGGAACCGCGAGAAGUUCUGCAGAACAUCUGGAUGGAACCGGACCUGGAAACAGACUCUGGAACCGGACCUGGAAGAACCUGUUUGGUUCGGAUCAGUCGGACCAACAGGAACCAGAACUCUGUCAUCAGUUGCUCUGUUUGUAUGAUGACUUUAUAAAAGAGUUUUUUAUCAGAAGGUGAUCCGGUUGUUUUCCGUCUCCAGAACCGAUGCGUUUGUUUCAUUUCAUUCCGGUUAGUUUCAGAUUCUGACCCGAACCAGAACCAUCAGUGAAUCCAGACCAGAAUAGAUCCGUUUCCAGUAAAGAUCCAGGAGGUUCUGAUCGUCUCAGAACCGGGUUUUUAUCCUGAACGCUGUUCUGAUCAAUCAGGGUUUUCAGAACCAGCAGUUUCUGGUUUUAGGCCCGUUUGAAAGUUUCUGAUAAUCAGGAUCUGAUCGGACCUUCAUCAUCAUCAUCAUCAUUAGUGAAGAAGCUGCAGAGCUUCAAACUUUCCCAGAUCUGUUCCUCAUUAAUGUUACAGAUUAUUAAAUAAUAAUAAAAACAUGAAAAGAGCGACUCACCUUCUCCAUCAUUAAUAAGCCGCCAUUUUCUUAAAAACCCGUCUUUGAUGAAUGAAGUCACCACAACAUAACGGAUCAAUUGUUUUUAUACUGAAUAAAUAAAUUACAUUUUAACUUUU